AUGUCGGAUCGCCCAUCACACGUCGAAAAGGGCUCACCUUGGAAACACUACCAGGCACAAUUCGAGCUCAACGAUCUCGGGGGUACUCUGAUAGUGGCGUCAAGACAUCGAAAACUGUUCCACAUCAGUGAACUGGCCCGCACGGAGUCGAAACAAAUCCUGGAAAACCUGAAAAUGCUUCGCCAUCCAAACAUUGUCGAGUUUAUCGAGGCGUACAUGACGUCCACAUCUUUCCACGCCGUCUUCGAGGCCACGGCUAUCAGUCUAUUACAUGUGGCAAAAUGUCCGAUAUAUCCCGACGAAGCGCAGCUGGGUGCCAUAGUCGGGCAGGUCGUAGACGGUCUCAGCUAUUUAGAGGGAGAAGGCUUGGAGCACACUUCGAUCGAUGGAGGGAACGUUCUGAUGACUGACGCGGGAGUGGUGAAGAUCGGUAAUUGA